AUGAAGGCAUGGCUCUACAGCCGCACAAGCGGCGGUCUAGAAAAAAACAUGCAUCUGGACCCAUCGGCACGCACACCCCCACCCCCAAAAUCAAAUGAAGUUCUCGUCCAAGUCCUCGUCGCAUCCCUAAACCCGGCAGACUACAAGGUCCCCGAGAUGUUCUUCGGUCUAGCUGCAAAGUUAGUGAUCGGCACACCUGCCUCACCAGGAAUGGACUUUUGCGGACGCGUAAUUGCGACAGGAUCAUCCGUAACGCGCUUCACGACCGGCCAGCUCGUCUUCGGGUGUGCAAGUCGCCCGGUGAAAUUCGGGUCCCUGGCGGAGUGUCUAUCCAUUUCUGCGGAUUUGAUCGCGGCGGUUCCGGAAGGCGUUUCUCCCGAUCAGGCUGCUGGGAUUGGAAUUGCGGGACAGACGGCGUUCCAGUCUUUAGAUGGGUAUGUGAAGGCUGGUGAUAAGGUAUUUGUUAAUGGUGGCUCUGGUGGUUGUGGGCAAUUUGCUAUUCAGAUUGCGAAGGGGAUGGGUUGUCAUGUUACUGCUACCUGCUCGACGAGGAAUGUUGAGCUUUGUCGUGGACUUGGAGCUGAUGAGGUUAUUGAUUAUACUGCUGAGAAGGAUUUGAGUGCUACACUCCGUGAACGGGGUGUUAUCUUUGAUAUUAUUCUGGAUCAUGUUGGUUUACCUUAUGAUCUUUACUUUCAGUGUCAUCACUUUUUGAGGCCUGGAGGUGUCUUUUUGCAGGUUGGUGGUCAUAAUAUGAUGGAUACUCAUGUGGCGAGAGUUGGAUGGCCUUCUUUCCUUGGUGGUGGAAAGAGGAAGUAUAAGAUUUUCUUCUUUGCUAAUACGCAGGCGCAUGUUGUUGCUAUUGGAGAGAUGUUGCAGAAGGGGACUUUGAAGGUGCAGGUGGAUAGUGAGUAUGAGUUUGAAGAUGCUGUGAAGGCGUUUGAGAAGUUGCGUUCUGGGAGGGCUAGGGGUAAGGUCUUGGUGCAUGUUUCUAAACAAUGA